AAAUUUGUUUCAAAUAAGUUUCGUUUUCUGAUCUCGAAAGAAAUUAGUUAACUAUAACCGAUAAAUCUCUCCGUAAACUACUCAGAUUACAUCUUAUUUCAGCACUUUUAAUAACUUAGAAUCUUGAAUCUUGGAAUUGAGUGCAUUUGGUUUGGUUGUUUCUCGUACUUUGGAUUCUAACUACUUGGUAUUUUAUCAGUUGCAUUGUAAAGAAGUAUGGCUCGUACAAAACAGACAGCUCGUAAAUCAACUGGUGGUAAAGCUCCACGAAAACAACUUGCCACAAAAGCUGCUCGUAAAUCUGCUCCAUCGACUGGAGGUGUGAAGAAGCCUCAUCGUUACCGUCCCGGUACUGUGGCUUUGCGUGAAAUUCGUCGCUACCAAAAAUCUACUGAGUUGCUGAUUCGUAAGCUGCCUUUCCAACGUUUAGUGCGUGAAAUUGCUCAAGAUUUCAAAACAGAUUUGCGUUUCCAGUCGGCAGCCAUUGGCGCUUUACAGGAAGCGUCUGAAGCCUAUCUCGUCGGUCUAUUUGAAGAUACGAACUUAUGCGCUAUCCACGCAAAACGUGUCACAAUUAUGCCUAAGGACAUUCAAUUGGCUCGUCGUAUUCGUGGUGAACGUGCUUAAACAUACAUCAUUAUUAACUUUCAUUAUAAUAAAUCAUCGAUUGCAAUGCUAAUCACCAUAAUAAAAAGAAAACCAGUAUGUUGUGUUUCACAACGUAUGAAAUAAAAGUAGUUCAUUCAUUUUUUUUUAAAUGGUGCGGGAGUGUUGCAGUCAAUCAAAUCUA